UUGGGGAAGCUUACAUCAUGCACCGCUUCGCGCGGCUGUCAAUGAUUAAGAUCGGACAUAACUAGAGACAUUGACAAGCGCUAGGACUUCGUUUUCGUUUGGUGCCUCAGAUCAUAUACCAGUUACCUAACGCGAGUAACACGGACGACAACAAGGAUCUAACUAACAGUACUCUCUGACGGAACACUGGCCAAGCACUGGCUUUCCCAAACAUGAAUCAAAGUACGAAUUCAUCCAGCUAUCUGACCAAAAUCUCGCAUCUGGAGUUAGCCAUAAUGAUCGGUCUCUACGCUAUGUUAUUGUUAGUAAUUUUAACCGGUAAUGGACUCAUUCUAUCCGCGUUCUUUAUAAACAAACGCCUCCGCACCGCCACAAACACUUUAAUCAUGGGAUUGGCCGUCAGCGAUAUUCUUGUCGGGUUUGUCUCAAUUCCCUGCUGGUUGGCCAUUUUUACAUCAUAUUACGAGUAUGCUUCGACCACCCAAACAACGUAUACAUUCUACAUUACGUUUGACAUUUUCAUCGGAGGAGCUUCCAUUUUGCAGCUUACAGCGCUCAGUGUCGAGCGUUGUCACGCAAUAGUCUGCCCGUUACGUCACAGAACUCUCUCCAUAAAAGUUUUCUACGUCAUGAUCGCUAUACCGUGGUUGUAUGCAGCUAUUGUGGCAAGUUUACAACCCGUGCAGUUUGCUGGUGAUUGGCAAGACGUUUACACGCUUCUCGUGGCGUUCACGUGCUUUUUCAUUCCGUUCAUCGUCAUUUUCUUCGCCUAUUUAUUUAUCUAUCGUUUUGCUCGUAACCAACCCGGAAAAAAGAGCAUUUGCCAGCACCGUGCAGUGAAGCAAGCGUACAAAAAAGACCUAAGGCUAUCUGUCACGCUGGCGUUCAUUACAGGACUCUUCGUUGCAGCUUGGCUGCCUCUUUUUGUCGUUACCAUGAUUGGCACGUAUUACCCACAUUACCUUCCGCCCUCACUACGCACUUUCCGCGUGAUUCAGCUCGUUAAAUUUUGUCACUACGGCAACAGCGCGUUAAACCCCGUCGUGUAUGCCUUUAGGAACAGUGAGAUGAUCGCCACAUUCCGUUACAUUGCACGCGCCCUGCUUUGUAAAGAACGCCUGGUUCCAAGCCCGCUUAGUAGAACUUCAUCUUUGUGUAAAACGAGCUUGAAGGGAAACUCGCUCUCCGGAAGUUUGAGGAGGUCUUCGAUUAAAGGUGGAAGCCAUAGAGAAAAAGGCUUCUUAAAAAGUGAGGAUCAGGAAGAGAAUAAAAAAAGGGGCGGAAAGAAAUAUGACAGCGUGGUAUUCGUGUAUUCCACCGUGUAGCUUAAAAGAACACGAAUUAGUUAUUCUUAAAGUUAAAAAGCUUUCCAAAAAACUCAAUCAAACAAGUUAAUCUUGAGCUUCAUCGUACUAUAUAUCGAUCAACGGCUUGUGCAAAACUGGCCUCCUAAGUUUGAUUCGGUGCAGAUCAAAAAAAAGGAAAAACCCUGAAAGAAAAUCAAACGCGACGACAGCUUCGUACAUAUGAAGAAAAUUGACCUCCUUUGAAGCUUAUGGUGAAAUAUAUGUCAAGAUUUCAAAGUUACUAUCCUUUUAAAUAUGAAAUAGUGCAUAGGUUAGAGUAAUUAGAGGCGCUUAUUAUUUUUGGAUGAUUAUAAUAAUUUUUUAUUAGGAAAAAAUAUGAAUGUCGUAAAAAUAAUUAUGUCAUCUAGGUCGGUGGUCCAUUCCUAACUGAAUCUCUCAUUGAAUGACAGAUGGGCUCCCAGAUCCCAUCAUCCAUUGCUCCAAAAAAAAAACUGCAAUUGGCAUCAAAUUACAACGCUGAAAAUACAUCAUAACUGAAAAGAAAAGAAUCUUCAAGGCAUUGCCCACGUAUUUUGUAGCAAAAUAGAACAAUGGAAACAUUAUCAGAUAAUAUUGGAUUUACAUCAUUAUACUGAAGCUAGGAAACACCACUUUGUAUAUUAUUCGGGGGGAUCUUGAGUACCAUUUGACUUAACUUGGUCUCCAAACUAACCCCUUUCAAGAUGGAUUGCCGGCAAAACAAAAAAAAAUACAAGUGCGCGUGACAACCCCAGAAAGUAUUGUGGGUAGUUUUCAGGUCACGGCUCCUUGACCUCAGGAUUUCAGGGAAAUCUCAGAAAACGUCACCAUAAAGACGAGGCUAGUCUCGUACUCAGGAGUUCUACGGUAAAGCACAUAGGAACUGGGUACGAGAUAAGGACGAGGCAUAGUGGGUUUGACAAACUUAUUAUAUAUUUUAUUCAUUAAAAUUCAUUGAUCAUCGGCAGGAGCCCAUCAAAUAAGUAAUGGCUCCUGUCAUCGGAUAUACCCAUAUUACCUUUCGAGAUUGUCGCGUGCACUUUUGUCCUUUUUUCCUACAACCUCUCUCGAAGCAGCUGUAAAUGAAACUGUAUGAAAGUAUUUGGGAUUUACGUGAUGAAUGUAAAUAAAAUCAUUUUGAUACGAA